AUGCAGGUGUUUCUGCAAACAUGAUGAAGAAGAAGAAUCCACACAAAAAGCAUAAGAGCAGCCUGGGCCCGCCCACCAAGGUUCUGUCCCAGCCGCGGCGCAACAGUGGCUGCAGGAUCCAGCACAUCUGGAAGGACGGGGCGGGACACGUGGUGUGGAAGGGGACGGUUCUGGAUCAGGUGCCGGUGAACCCGUCGCUCUACCUGAUAAAGUACGACGGGUUCGACUGCGUUUACGGCCUGGAGCUGCACAAGGACGAGCGGGUUCAGGGCCUGGAGGUUCUGCCCGACCGACUCGCGAAGUCGCGCCUGACGGACGUCAGCCUCGCCGACGCCAUGAUCGGGAAGGCGGUGGAGCACAUGUUCGAGACGGAGGAGGGCCCGAAGGAGGAGUGGAGGGGGAUGGUUCUGGCCCCCCCCAUCAUGACCACCUGGUUCUACAUCACCUACGAGAAGGACCCGGUUCUGUACAUGUACCAGCUGCUGGACGACUACAAGGAGGGCGACCUGCGCAUCAUGCCCGACUCCAACGACGGCGUCCCGGCGGAGCGGGAGCCCGGCGAGGUGGUGGACAGCCUGGUGGGCAAACAGGUGGAGUACGCCAAAGAGGACGGCGGCAAACGAACAGGCAUGGUCAUCCACCAGGUGGAGGCCAAGCCGUCCGUCUACUUCAUCAAGUUCGACGACGACUUCCUCAUUUACGUCUACGACCUGGUCAAGACUUCGUAAAGACUCUGCGGACGGCGCCGCCCCGACGCGACGGAGCGUUCAGAACCAAGCAGCUGGAGCCGACGCGUCUGAAGCAUUAAACACGUUAAUCCAUCCAAGAUCCAAGACAAAAACACGGAGGUUAUUCCCAGGGGAUGAAGGCGGAGUCAAAACCUUUGGAGAAAAUGAUCAUUUCAUUUCCGUUCACUUUGGUUGUUUUGAGGCCGUUAAACCUUCCAGGAUGAAGAAACGUUUACUUUUUUAAAUUGGGAAAGAACCUUGAAGGCGUUUUGUUGAGACAAAGCAGAUCCAUGUUCUCCUCCAUAGUCGCCGACUCUUGGAAAAAAAGAAGUAAAACCUGAACUUUGUUGAUUUCCAGGGAAAAAAGUUCUCUGAUCAAAAAAGACAAGAAGAAGAAGAAAACUGGAGUUCUGGGAAUGAAGGAGUUACGCUGUUUGGACUCUUUAACUCUGUUCAUCAUCCUUUUUAAUCAAGAAGCAUAUAUGGAGGCCCAUUUCUGCCAAAAAUAAAACCAACAUAAUUAGAAAAUGUUAAAAUCGUACCAUGGAUCAGUAUUAUCACCUAGAGAAAUUAGUUUAAAAUAUCUAAGAAAAUAUUUUACCUGUUUUUAACAGUUUAAAACUUAGAAAUUAAUCAAUUAGCAAAUUAAUAAACCCUCACCCCAAUGUUGUUUUUUGAGAAUAGAAAACUUGAUGUUGGGCCUAUAUCUCAAAUUUUAGCUCAUUGCAUUUUUUUGAGAUUCCUUUUUCACCGCAUCAGAAAUGUGAUUCAGUGCAAAAAUUUUUCUAAAAAAAACCAAAAAGCCGCCGAGUCUCAGAUUAAUAACGGACAGGAAGCAUCAAAAACAUCCAUCAAACCUCUGAGAUAAAGAAAAUAACAUCUGUAAACAUCAGCCUCCACAUUUCCUGACGCCCUGGUCGCUGCGCCGCGCCGGAUCAGUCCGAGCUGUUUUCUCUGAGAGGCAAUUUUUAUUCCAAACAUUAUAAUUAAAUGGUAGAGAAACUGGCCCACAGCAUCACAGAUCCUCCACCGUACUUGACAGUUUUUCUCAUUUCAUCAUUUGUUUCAUAGCAGAAACAUCCUGGACUGUUUGCUGCUGAGGAGCAGAAGCUGCUUUUUCACUACAAAUAUUCUGCUAAAGGUAAAAAACGCAAUUAAAAUAAAAUCACAUGAGAAUAAGUUCAACACAGUCAUCCUAAAACUACUUCCUGUUGUCACCUUCUUGGUUUCCACCAGUAGCAACAUCCUGUUGUUGAUCGCGUGAGUCGUGGAGCAAAAACUUCUUUCUGUUGCAUUUUGCAAAAUAAACCAUUUUUCAUUCAAAAAUCCCCCUGCCAGCACAAAAACCUUUUACUGAAAAACAAGAAAUUUGUUUCUUCGAAAUAAAUUAAUUUUUGAAAUAGUAAAUUUCACAAUUACAUGUUUAAUGGAAUGCAGCUACUGUCCUGCACAUCUGGAGAACCAAAACUUUGUUUUAAAUCAAGACUCUUUAUGUGACCGGAUCAAAUGUUGAGUUUUUCAACAGUUGUUACUGAAAUGCCUUCAUUUCUUCACCAGGGCCAGAAACUGGACAGAGCUCAGCGUUUGUGUCAAACAGUAGCUGGACAUGUUGCUACAAAACUGGGGGAAGUUUUAAACGUCCAGCUGUUGUACAGAUAAAACCAAUCAACCGUUUUUCAUCCCAUAAUAAUACAGGCUCAAUGUCACAAGUAUUCAACAUCCAGAGAAAAAAGUCAACAGCUUUUAGUCUGAAGACAAAACUGUGAAGAAAAAUGUGGCUUUUUGUAUGUUUUUGUUUUUGAUCG